AACAGACAAUGGGUAAUCUGUUCGUGUUCAUCCUUGGAGACUUGCUGCCGUUCCGCACAGCGCUGUGGAUCAUGCUGGCAGUGCCGCUGGUGCACUUUUGCAUUCUGCUCAGGUUGCCCGAGACACCGAGUUACUUGAUCAAGUGCGGAAAAAAUGAGGAAACAACAAAAGUUCUGGCCUGGCUCCGCUCCCUUCCAGAAGAUGACAAAGCGAUCACAGAAGAAGUGGACAGGCUUGUUGGAGAGCAGACUAUUGAACCAAAAUUUUCACCGAGAUUACUGUGGAACAAGUCUGCUGGCAAGAAUUCAGUGGCCAGGACGGGCCUUUUGUUUCCAUCGUGGCUAACAACGGUGGAUCAUUGUCGAGAUUCGGACAAAAAUAUUAACAGUGCUGUUUGA